UUUAUUCCAUGACCAGCACUCGACGCCCAAGAGGCUCUAAAACAGGAAACUUAUGAGCCUCAAAUAGAUAAGCAAAGCACACAAGGGAAAAAUGGAUGGCACGAUGGUCAGUUGUUAUGAAAUUGCCCGCUCUUUAGUCGAAAGAAUUGCACUUCCGGGUAAACAAUGUUCAACAUAUCUAAUGAUGCGACAGUUAAUGGUGUCCGCACCAAAAUGAGUCCAAUGGCUCGAAUAUCAUCCGAUUUCCGAAAUGUCGUUGGUUUCCACAAAUGUUUAACUCUCUUCCUUUUAGGUUAAUGCUCCUACUAAAGCCUAUUAGACAAUCGAUGUCCCUUCACCCUGCGCCAGAGGGGCUCAUAAGGCCAGAGACAACCGAUGUGUCAUCGUUUAAAUGCUUCAGCAAACAUUUCCUUAUUGUUUUGCUCUAAGAAUGUGCGGGCUGCCGGAACUGAAGGUUUGAUCGCAAAUGUGUUUCAAAACAGGAAAUGUGUGGUAAAGAUUUCUUUGUGUAAUGGUAUUUUGAUUUAACCGAGAUUAAAUAGGCAAAAGAAUCCGGUUUUGGAUUCUGUAGAUUUUUUCUCUCAAAAAUACUUGACCCGUACUUGACUAAAGCUACUUUGCAUCAGCGUCCAUUUUUGACUCUGUAUUCAGUGUGUAUGACAAGACAACAAUUAAGAGUCAGCAUUGUACUCUUCAAUAAGAAGGAAAGCACAAUUCUCAGUUUGAAACUAACUCCUACGCAUUGCCCGAGUUAAUUUCGUUGAAGUGCGUUGUCUAAAUGUUAUUCUCACCAAUUCAAGCUGGGGAACACACGGGAAGGUGACAGGGGGCGGGUGGAAAAUUUCCCGCCUCUUCCCACACUUUAAUUUACGGGUUUUUGCUCCUUACGUAAUAGUAUUCGGCCACAUUUGGUGCUUUUUUUGUGCUUUGCUUUUCAGAAGUCCUGUCUUUUUUCUAUGGCAAAUACUAAAGAAUAUUGCAAGAUGUUUUUGUAGUGGUCCGGCUCCUGUCUCCUAGGGAAUCCCGCUUUCCACCCCCUCUCCCACCACCAGUAGAGUUCCCAACCCCUUUUCUCCCAGGUUCCCUCCUCCACGUCUUGCCCCACAAUGAAUUGAGAAACACUGUUGUUCUAAUAAUAGUUAAAGGUUGAAAAUUCAGAGAAAAAUGUAUCAAAUAGAGCGGCCUCCAGCUCAUUAAAUGGAAGUUACGAUUUCUUGAGCUUGUGGUUUCAUUUAUCUUUCACAAUCGUGCAAAAAAAAAACAAAAACAAAAACAAAACAAACAAAAAACAAUAAAAAUAAAAAUAAAAUAAAAAGGCCAGAGGUCAGUGCUCAACAACAAUCAGAACAACUGAAAGGAAGGCAGGCAAUUCGUGCCAAAAAUAACAGAUAAAACACGCCCUGGACUUCUUUUGUUCUAUUUCAAAGGUUUUGUAUCGCCUAAAAAUAACAGAACGUAUAUAAACGGUAGUGAAACAGCUCCACUUAAACUUAUGAGGACUAGAGGUCUUCGCUCUUACGGAUAAAGCAGCACCGUCCACAAGGCUUUUGACUGCAUCCUUUCUCCUGCCAUCAGACCUGAGGCGCCUUAAAGAGAUUAGUCGUGAGAAAUAACGAACAAAUUUUACAAGAUGUUAGGCUUCCCUCAGAAAAUCUGUCUUAUUUUUACAAUAGUUCUUUCAACGAAUGUCGAAUUCAUUAUGGGAAAGCCAGUGAACAACGCCAAGUUGAACCCCUUGUUGGAGAAAUAUCUGAGACGUUAUGGUUACUUAAAACCGGCUACAAAGGUCUUCCCUCACUGGCGAGCUUCAUGGGAUCAAGAAAUAACUCAGUCUUCGAUGGAAGGUGAACAAGAAAUCGAACAAGCAAUUCGAAAACUACAAAACGUUGCUGGUCUUCCCGUGACAGGAAAAAUAACAGAUGAAGAGGCUGUUAAGAUAAUAAACCAAAGGCGAUGUGGGAUGAAAGAUUUUCAUACCGGAAAAAGAACUAAAAGAUUCGCACUGGAAGGCACGUUUUGGCAUUCAAAGAACUUGACUUACAAAAUUCAAAGCUUUUCAUCGAACUUAAGCAGAGAAGAUAUCGCUCACACGAUAGAGAAAGCGCUGCAGAUGUGGUCCAACGUUAGCCAGUUGACAUUCACUCGAGUCACAACACCGGGUGUCAAAGCUGACUUAAACAUCAGGUUCGUCUCUGGUUACCAUGGUGAUGACCAUCCAACAGACGGGCCUGGAAGAGAGUUAGCGCAUUCGUUCUACCCGUCAGACAACAGGGGACUCGCCGGUGAAGUGCAUUUUGACGACGAUGAAACCUUUUCCAUUAAUGGCGGGUUUGGUGUGGAUUUUCUUUGGCUGGCCGUGCAUGAACUGGGGCACAGUCUCGGUCUUGAAGACUCUAAUAAUCAUAACUCCGUCAUGUAUCAGUUUUAUACGGGAUAUAGGCCGAAUUUGCGGCUGAGCCGUGACGAUAUAAAAGGCAUACAACAGCUUUAUGGUGCUAAAGCCGAUCCUGCUACGACAAGGAGCAAAGUAGGAGUGAGGAAAGGGGUUCCCUAAAAAUGUUUUCCAGGAAUUGGUUAGGCUGCUCUGCAA